CCCCUCUGCCCAGCGCUUCACCGCCUUUUAGACAUCCCAGCGCGCCUUAUAAGCCUCCCAAAAUCGCGUUUUCCCACUCUUCUGCUUUUUCGUGACGUCGUACAUACUUCCGCACUCCUUGUCUAAUCAGAAAUGGACUUAUUUCCGACAUUCCCUCGAAAACUCACGUUCCACAACCCCAGCUCAACGCGCCGCCCAAUCCGUCCUCAAACCCUCUCAAAAGCUCAAUACCACUCCUCACCCGCGACACCUCUUGCCAUCCCUUCCUCUCAACAAAAUCGUGUUCCCAUCCCAAAAGCCUCUCCACCGCGACGAGCAGGCUCCCCCGACAUGCUUUUCGACAUGUCUCCACCCCUCCACUCACCUGUACAUGAGGACAUCUCCCCCAAGCAAAAGAGUGACAUCUCCGGUGUCGCUCCCCAAAAGACCUCUCGUAAAGAGUAUGGCUGCGAGUCCAAGGGUGGAUUAUUGCCCCAGCGGUUUUACACCACAUCCUCCAAGCGCAUCAACAGUUCGAGCACGAAUACCGUCUCGGCCGCCACUAGCCGUGGCCGACCUCGUAUCUCAAUAGGAUCUGGCGCGGACGCUUGUUAUGAUCCUGCGGCGCCCUACAUCGGAGUCGGCUUAGGACUCAUCGGCGGUGGGUUUGACAUGGAUGAGAAUAUCGCCCUCGACAAGGAAGCCAUGAAGGAUGACAGCGAACCAUUCAUGUACUCCUUCCCAAUGCCAUCCAAGAAGACGAAGCCUCUUUCCACUCCGAAACUUCGACAUACCCCAAUGCCUACUCUUUAUUCUCAAACCCGUUCUCCGUCGCCUCCAUUCGGGCCCCCGUCUAGGACGUCCACGGCGAACACAACCCCGCGUUCUGCAUCCUCUUCCUCGUCUUCGCGAUCACCAGUGCCCAGCCGCCAAUCCUCGCGGUCAUCUCUUGCGGAGGAGGCUGAAAGCAACGAAGAAUUGACGUCUGCGUUUCGCUCGCCGUCUUCACCGUCCCCAUACCUUUCACCCUCUUCACUGUCAUCUUCGCCUUCUCCUUCCACGCUAAACCUGUUCUCUAACGCCACCUCUGAGCGCCCCGCCAGUGAUCAGCGGUCGAAAUCGCGGAUGGGUAUGACCUGGAUCGGCAGGUCUGUUGCUUUCGGCAGACAGCGAACACGCAGCCGUGGUGGGAACAGCGUUCAAGAAGAGAGCAUUCGGGGUGAUGUUGAACGGGGCGGAAGCAAGGUUGGGAAUGUCUCGAAGGGUCAUUCCGAUGUUGAGCCAACUUUAAGGAGGGAAGUCUCGAAGGACCUCGACAGUGCGGUCACUGUGCACGUGUCGGAGGUUCUUGGGCAGCCUAAGCUGGCAUACGCACCACAGGUCGCUGGGCCUGGCAUGGCCUUGCAGCGGGGUAGGUCGCGCGCUCCCCGCGUCCGCCGUGGGGAGACCUAGCUUCGUCAUCCCAAAAUUCUUCGCCCUUUAUCUUCAUUUAUUCGUUUCGCCGACAUCAUCAUCGCUGGGAGCAAACACCCACACUGUAUCUUCUCAAUGGCUACAUUCAGCUGAACGGACAAAACUUGUGUAUACAUUCGGAUCUCAUUCCCCAUCGACCACUGUAUAUCUCCUCUCCAGCACUCGUCCAUCCGCGCUGCUCGGUCUCGUCCCCCCGCAUACUUUUUUUUAGAUCUUCACCUGCACUAUUCGUCCGCUUACGUUCUCAUUCAUGUGUGCAUAGCACUUUACGCCACCGCCACGUUAUAGUAACCCCACCAACAUUGCAUGCGCCACACGUCGCCACAUUUAGUUUUUGUUUUUGUUCCUUCGCAUAGCCCAUCCCGUCAAUCCAAUACAACCAUCUAUAUAUCCUUCAAUAUAUCCGUAUCGUCAUCUUCUCCUUGGCUCAAUCCUCCGCUCUCCGCUCGUUCGUUCUUUCCUGAUCACUUUGGUCUCCUUCGUCUUCGCAUCAGUCAUUCGUCCAUGUUACCGCUCUCUCGCCAAUGUUCGGGAUCAGGUCUGCCUUUCCUUAGUCUUCGCAUUUAUCUUCGCCGUGUUUGCUGUCCGCUUUGGCAUCGCAUAACUCUUGGAAUUCUCGCAUUCGUCUCGUUCCUUUCAAGCAUCUUUAUCUCACCUGAAUCCAUUUUUUUUUCCUUCUGUCGGUGUGUUGAAAAUUUGGGGGUUGGCGGUGGGCAGCGUAUAUAUUAUAGGAAGGAGAAACCAAAAAGGAAGCUUUCGCGGACACUUGUUUUCCUCGUAUCGAAUCAUACAAUCACACAACAAUAGACAAUACGCACCCUCCAUAACUCGCAUGGUACUUUACAGAAUCUUCGACCUAAUUCGUUCCCCAUCAUAGCAUUCGACUUCGUACGCAAUUCGUAGCCUACAAUAACC